AUGGUGCAAUUGAGAAGAAGAACAUACACGGCCGCUUUCAAACUCACGGUAGUCACAUAUGCCACAAGUAUCAAUCUCGAAACGGGCGAGGAAAACGGCAACCGAGCAGCUGCGAAAGAAUUUGGAGUUGAUGAAUCAUUGGUGAGGAGGUGGAAAAAGAACGCCAAUGUUUUGCAAGCCAUGGACGAAAAUAAACGUGCGAACCGCUUCAAAAGACCGCAAUGGCCAGAGCUUGAGGAACGAGUCAAGGAGUGGGUACUCGAACAACGCGCAGAAAAAAGGAAAGUUUCUACAAUCUCAAUACGCCUGGAAGCAAAGAGGCUCGCUGAUGACAUGGGAAUUGUUGACUUUAACGGAGGAAGCAGCUGGUGCUAUAAUUUUAUGCGUCGUGCGGAUCUCUCAAUGCGAGCGAGUACGUCUGUGGGUCAGCACUUACCUACCAAUGCCGAUGAGCUCGUAGCCAGCUUUCGAUCAUUUGUAAAGGCUAAAAUCACGACGAUUCUCGCUAAGGAUAUCGGUAAUAUGGAUGAAGUACCGGUGACGUUUGAUAUGCCGCGGCGUUAUACAGUUGACAUACGCGGAACGCAGGACUAUCAAUCCACCGAUUUAGGUAACGAGAGAACUAAUUUCACUGUAGUCCUUGGGGUCACUGCCGAUGGAGGAAUCUGCCCGCCGAUGGUAAUUUUCGAGAAAAAAAAACGGCCCCAAAGACACUCCAUCAGGAGUCAUUGUGAAGGCAAACGCUCACGGGUGGAUGAACGAAGAAUUGCUAUCUGAAUGGGCUGAAGAGUGCUGGAUGGCUCGUCCAGAUCCUUCAUACUUGCCGGAAAAGGCAUUGCUUAUACUUGAUUCGGCACGGUGUCAUAUAACGAUGGAGGCAAAGAAGGCAGUUCAGAAAAGAGCGAAAUUAGCUUUCAUCCCAGGAGGGCUUACGAAACUCCUCCAACCAUUGGACAUUGCCGAUAAGUCGUUCAAGAACAAAUUAAGAAGAAGAUGGGAAGAAUGGUUGAUAGACGACGCUAGACACAGUUACACCAAGAAAGGACACAUGCGACGAGCUACCUAUCAAGAGAUUUGCUUAUGGGUACUGCAAAGCAUUCAGGAAGUCACUGCUCAAUGUGUUCGGAACGGAUUCCGUCGUGCGCUGAAGGGAAGUCAGCCUGAUGCCGAUCAAGGAAACGUCAAUGAAUAUUACUUUUAGUUGUUGCUUUUGAGUGUUUUUCAUUCACUUCAUCUUGUAUUCUGUGUUUCUCGUCUAACGUGCUUAACCGGUUUUUAUUGCUCAAGUUGAAUGCAAUUCCUUCUCAUGAAGAUCUCUUUCUUCGCACAUACUUCAUCAUUUCACUUUUCUUGAUUUGUUGCGUGUUUGCAUAUUAUGGUGAAUAAACCGAAGACGCGGAAGUAAAUUUUGGACG